GAGUGCAUAAGGGUGUUUGUUGUCUGUCCUAUCAAUUAAGGUACGUUUAAGGGAGGGGGUAGUCUUUUGAAUUCUGUGACAUAGAGUUAUGUAGCUCGUGUGUUUAGGGAUAAUGUGCACAUUAAAAUGUAAUCACAAUCAGAAAUGUCAAAAGAAAUGGCACCCGGACGCUAUUUACAGUUCAGGAGCUUGAUAAUUCAUGUUGACCGCAUGAAAUGUAUUUGACAAGCAGAUUAAAGCGAUAAAAGAUGGCAUGUUCACUUCCAUCUCGCUAAAUGUAUUAUUAGUAUAAUGUCGCCAUCUAGUGGUUAAUUUGAGUACAGUGGCUGGUAGGCCUAACUGAUAUUUAUGACUGGAUUCAUGAAAAUGCUUGUGAUAAUGGGAAACUACACUUGUUUUGCUUGCAUUGUUGACACGUUGUCCAUUGUCCUUUGAGGGUGUAUCGUUGUGACAAGUUACAUAGUGGCGUUCCUUUCCUUGCCAUACGAACUUCAAUUACAACAGGUCCCACGUGAUAAUUGUGGUUCGCAACAAAGCUGCUCGCGCAACAAUUUAAAUCGUUCUCAAACAUUCCAUGACCGUUUCUUUCUCGUAACAACUGACAAGACUCUGGGGUGUUUCGUUGGUUGUGGUCGGGCACGAUAAGUGUUUCUCUUAAGUUUAGCCUGCAAACGUGCUAAUGUUUGCCACAAUGGACAGGCAUCCCAAGCGAAGAGCGCAAAUGACAUUCAAGAAAAGUGAACCAAGUCCAAACGAAGAUGACAGUGGGCCACCAGCUAGUAAGAAAAAUGCAAGUGAAAGCGAGGAACCUGCAUCUUCAACAGAGAGGCAUCGAGGUGAUGGAGAACAGAAAAGACCAGUGGGUAGGCCUAAAGGCAGUGGACGUUCUGGAAAUAGUGUUAGUGGAGAUGUUCAGGUUAGGCCUAAAGUUAUUUUUAAAGCUGAUAAUAAAUGGGGUGGUGAUGGAGAGCUAAUGCCCACAAGUUCAUCACACCGCAAGGGAGCCAUUCAAGGUCGAACAGUUACAUUUGAAAAGGAGAGCGCAUCAUCAUUAGCCAGUAAACAGAGUAAAGCCACAUUUGAUUAUCCCACGACAUCUCAAGUGCUGGUCAUCAAGGAGGAGAUCAUCACAACUGCUCCAGGUCAGGCCAAGGUCAAAGUUGACCAAGAACCUGCAACAACGCAUCAUCAAGGAUGUCCACCUGUGGCUCCCACUUUAGACUUCUCCAAACCGAUCCAUGUUGUCCACGAAAAUGGGAUGACCUUCACAGUAUUGGAUGGUAAAGCCAUAACGCUCAGCAAAGUUCCAUACCCACCACUUGUUCAUGUGAAUGUUCCGCCACCCCCAUUAAAGGUGAAGACUAGAGGGAUGAAUCUCACCAUGCCACCAUCAGAAGCAGAAAAUCUUGAAGUACCACAGAGCAUAGACAGGAAUGGCUACAUCAAGAGGCCUAUGAAUGCGUUCAUGGUCUGGGCGAGAAUCCACAGGCCUGCCCUGUCCAAGGCCAACCCAACAGCCAAUAAUGCAGACAUCAGUGUGCAGCUAGGAAUAGAGUGGAGCAAGCUUACUGAGGAAGAGAAGAGGCCCUACUAUGUUGAAGCACGUAAACUCAAAGACAAGCACAGACAGGAGUUCCCAGGUUGGAUCUAUCAGCCCAGACCUGGAAAAAGAAAGUGCUACCCUUCUGUGAUGUCCUUUGCUCCUGAACCAUCCUGCUGCUCUGCAGGGACAAGUGGACCUGCGGCUGAGUCUUAUCCCAUGGCCAAUACUAACACCAGCUCCUGUGUUCCAUACACACAGGCCACAGGCUCUAAUGACCAUGGUCUCCAGGUGGCUAUAACGGCAGCUCCAAAUGCCUCUCAGACUACCAGCCCAGUCUCCAUAUUCUUCCAGACUACUGCCUGCCCACAUCCCCACCCAACAGCCACAACCUCUGGUGGUAAGCCUGCAGAACGCAAGCAUGAAGCCAGUCACUCUGCCAGCAAUCCUGAAGAAGCUCCCAAACCCAGAAAAAUCAGCAGGCAACAGGCCUACUACAAUUCUGCCAAUGAGAUGCCCUCAACAAGCAUGGCAUCCAGCUCUAGAGGUCUCCAAAUGCCACUCCCUAACAUGGCUCACCCUCACAUGUAUCCUCCAUCUCCCAUACCACAUCCAGUGGGCCUCUUCCCUACCCCUCGCUUCCCCUUUGCUCCGCCCUACUUCAUGCCUGGACCCAAUUUUUAUCCUCCAGGAUCAUACCCUUACCUACACAGCCCAUACUCCUACCCAGUUCUCCAACCCCAGGAUUUCUCAAACCCCAUGGCUACUCCCAUGGCUACUCCGGGCUACCCCUAUGAUGACAACUACGAUCAGCAUGAGUCCACAUUUUCCCUUCUCAACAGAGACUACCCGUUUCGGCAGAGUGGAGAGGGCGGGCAGAGAUGUCAAGGGCAGGCCCCCACUGCCUCUGAGCUCCUAGGUUCGGUCCCACUUCUGGACGUACGUGCCCUGGAGAACGUCUUCACCAACUCUGCCAGUGUCCAGGAGGUCCAAGUCCCCAAUGAGGAGGACGAGGAAGAAGUGCGUGUGAUGAGAAUUCUCUAGGAUCAAACCUAAGAGACAUCCUUUAGCAAAAUCCCUGAUAGACUAUUUGUUGAUUCAGUGAAUCAAUACUUUGUUGUACAUACAAAAAUACAUGAAUUGUUACUGUUAUUCUGAAAUGUAUUUUUAACGAUUUAAUACUGUUUUAUGCGAUCGACCACUGCUCUGCACAAAAUUAAAUGUCAAGUAUUUUAAAGUGUUUGAUAGGCGUUCUAUUUAUGCCUUUUUGUUCUACAAAUACCUGGUUUGUAAGGAGAAAGGGGUGUUUUGCUGAUUUUUGUAUAGAAAUCCAAUAAAUUACAG